AUUGGCCGAUCAUGAUGCCGCUCCACCAUUCCAUGCACCUAAUUGGAUAAAUUAAAGGCGUGCUCAUCACAAUGGUCAAGUGGCUCAAUGUUGAUUGGCCAACGCGGCUGUCAACUGCUGCGGCUUCACGAUACGCGCAGAACAACAUGGCUGCUGUUGUGGAGCGUGGUACUGUUGCAAACAACACUCAAGUAGACCAAAUGUCCCUGAAGAAAGCUGUGUCUGCGGCGUCGCCGCUCACCCUGAGAAUAGUUGCUGAAUGCUCCGUUACGAAGGCAAGAGCUUGUGAUCUAAUAUUGCCUCACAGCGCCGUCAGCACGCCGGUUUUCAUGCCUGUCGGUACUCAGGGAACUCUGAAGGGGAUCACCGUGGAUCAGCUGGAGGGGCUUGGGUGUCAGAUUUGUCUUGGGAACACAUAUCACCUGGGAAUGAGGCCGGGACCUGAGUUGAUCACCAAAGCCAAUGGUUUACAUGGGUUCAUGAACUGGAAGAACAAUCUUCUAACUGACAGUGGAGGGUUUCAGAUGGUCUCUCUCGUUGAACUCUCAGAGGUCACUGAGGAAGGAGUCAAGUUCAAGUCACCCUAUGAUGGCAAAGAGAUCCACCUCAGUCCCGAGAAAUCCAUCAGCAUACAGAACAGUCUGGGGUCGGACAUCAUGAUGCAGCUGGACGACGUAGUCAGCAGUACUGUGACGGGACCGCGGGUGGAGGAGGCCAUGCACAGAUCCAUUCGCUGGCUGGACCGCUGCAUAGCAGCCAAUGGAAAUCCAGACAAACAGAACCUUUUUGCCAUCAUACAGGGAGGACUGAAUGCAGAGCUGCGCAAGGCUUGUCUAGACGAAAUGACUAAGCGUGAUGUUCCUGGUUUUGCCAUCGGAGGCCUGAGUGGAGGAGAGGAGAAGGACGACUUCUGGCGCAUGGUCACACUGAGCACUGACCACCUACCACGAGAAAAGCCCAGAUACCUCAUGGGUGUGGGGUAUGCCGUCGAUUUGGUUGUGUGCGUCGCUCUGGGAUGCGAUAUGUUCGACUGUGUCUUCCCCACCCGGACUGCGAGGUUUGGCUCUGCUUUGGUGCCUUGGGGAUCUCUCCAGGUUAAACACAAACAGUAUGCCAAGGACUUCCGGCCCAUAGACCCAGAUUGCCAGUGUCCCACCUGCAAAAGACAUAGUCGAGCUUACCUUCAUGCUCUUUUCAAGACAGACACCGCAGCCAUGCAUCACAUCACCAUCCAUAACGUUGCCUACCAGCUCACCCUAAUGCGCUCUGUGAGGCAGAGCAUCAUCGAGGGUCGCUUCCCCGAGUUUAUAAGGACGUUCAUGAAGCGCAUGUUUGAGUCUCCUGACCAGUACCCACGCUGGGCUGUGGACGCUCUCGCCUCCGUCCAUGUCACCCUGGAAUAGAACACCAGAGAAAUGGGAUGAAUAUCAAGCAGUGACAGUGACAUUUUUUUUAUAUAUAUAUAUCUAUAUUUUAAAUGACAU